GCAAUUAUGUGUAUGCAUAUCAGCAUAUAAUCCUUGUGAGUUCUCUAGCUUAAACACCAACUUAAUUAUAAUUUCAAUUCAAUCACCUUAGCUAGAAGCCCAAAAAUGCCUACACUUGUAGCUGAAGAAUCCCAAAUUACCAACAUUUUCAGCGCUUCAGGUUUCAAAGGCAAGAAACUAGUCACAACUUUGUCCUCAGAAGCUACUAUCUUUGAUAUCAUUCAAUCCAUUAUCAAAACCAAACCAUCUGAAAUUGAUUCACCAUUUAGUGUCCUUGAUUUAAGGGUCGUUAUUGACCUCAUGAACAAAUGGACUAUGAAUCUUCCAACCGUGAAGCCUUUCUAUGCUGUUAAGUGCAACCCAAACAUUUCACUUCUAGGUGCAUUGGCUUCACUCGGCGCCAAUUUUGACUGUGCAAGCCCCGUUGAAAUUGAAUCUGUUUUAUCGCUUGGCGUUUCACCUGACAGAAUCAUCUAUGCCAACCCGUGUAAAUCGGAGUCACACAUUAAAUAUGCUGCAAGUGUUGGCGUCAAUGUAACAACCUUUGACUCUGUUGGAGAAGUCGGAAAAAUAAAAAUGUGGCACCCAAAUUGUGAGUUGGUCCUCCGGAUUAAGCCAGAGGAAGACAACGGAGCACGGUUUAGUUUGGGUCUCAAAUUUGGCGCGCUUCGUAACGAAGUUCCUGAGCUCCUCAAAGCUGCUGAUGAUGUUGGACUUAAAGUAAUUGGCGCGUCGUUCCACAUAGGUAGUGCAGGAGCCAACACACAAGCUUACCGCGGAGCCAUUUUAUUGGCUAAAACGGUUUUUGAAACAGCUUCAAAUCUUGGAAUGCCGAAAAUGAAAAUUCUCAAUAUUGGUGGAGGGUUCACUCCUGGAUCAAAAUUUGACGAAGCAUCAUUAAACAUUAAUGAAGCAAUUAAAUCUUAUUUUGAAAACGAAGAGGAUCUUGUUGUUAUUGGCGAACCAGGUACUUACUUUGCGGAAACGGCAUUCACCUUAGCAACAAAAGUAAUUGGAAAACGUGUGAGGGGUGAAUUAAGAGAAUAUUGGAUCGAUGAUGGAAUUUAUGGAACUCUUAGUACCGUUGUUUAUGAUUAUUUUAUCGUCACAUGCUCGACACUUAGAUUUGGUUCAAAACCUGAUGAGGUUACAUACAAAGACACCAAAACUUACCCUUCAACGGUUUUUGGACCCACUUGUGAUUCAACUGAUACAGUUCUUAAAGAGUACUCAUUACCUGAACUUGAAAUGAACGAUUGGCUUGUGUUUUCAAAUAUGGGUGCUUAUACAAGUUCUCUUGGGACAAACUUCAAUGGGUUUAGUUCCUCUGCUAAAAAUGUUUACAUUGCAUGUUCAAGUUUAAGUUCUGGAGCAGAGAACAAAUCAUGAUGUUCUGAUCAAUAUAUUGUCCUCUCAGAUGAGCAUGUAUGGAGCUGCAUCGUCAUCCCCUCUUCCCCAAACAAUAGAUUGCAAGGUAGCAUGUGAAGGAAGGUGAAAACUAUCAUCAAGGCCAAAUCUGUGCAAGAGAGCUUGUGGCAGUUGUUGUGCUACGUGCAACUGUGUCCCUCCUGGCACUGCUGGAAACUUUGACUCAUGUGAUUGUUAUGCCAAAAUCACCACUCGCAACCAAAUUCGCAAGUGUCCUUAAUUUAUGUAUAAAUGACAUAAGAGAAAUUAUAUUAGCACUUUCUUUGAUGUUUUCUUUAUAAUUAAUACUUUAUGAUAGUUCGCUCUUUGUAACUGAGCGAACUAUCAUAAUACUAUAGUAGAAGAUUUAAUGAGCAAUUUAAAAUACCUCAAUUUAAUUGUGUACGAUCCACCAUACAACUCGCCCCAACUCCAACAUUCUUUUUCGUGAAAAAUCAAAAUGGUGCCCGUGUCAA